AUGAUUGAAAAUGUCAAAAAGUGCAAAAACUUUUUGUCCACCUUAAUAAAGUUGGCUGCAAAUCAGCCAGAUCAAACUGUGAGAAAUGUUAGAGCACUCAUCCAGGGUUUGAUUGUAAGUAUUUUGUAUGUGAGUUAUAUUGGCCAUUUUUUAAGGUUAAAAUUUUGUUUCCUGUAGUAAGAUUCAAGGUCGAUUUAAAACAUGUUAACACAGAGUUAAAAUAUUCACUUGGUAUUUUAAUUUAAUAUACCCUGAAUAGAUGACAUACUUUUUAAAGUCAUUGUUGAAAUUUGCAAUCGGCUUAGUGAAAUAGAAUUUUAGAACUUAUUGAAGCCUUAAUGUGCAGCUAUAUAAAACACAUGAUGAGGUAUUUACUACACCUUCUUGUAAUUUUCAGGUAGCACAAUUAUUAUGAAAAGUUAAAACCAUUCUAUUUAGCAUUUAGUCUCAAUGACCUAACAAAAAAAAUUCUUUUAUUUUAAAAAUAGUGAAUAAAUCUAAAAUUUAUAAAUUUCCUAGCCCUAAAGACCUAAAAACUCUCUAUUGGAAUCUGUGAACACUUAUUGCAUUUGUUUACAUUUAGCAGUGGUGAACCUUUAAGGGAUUUAAUGAGUCCCGGGUUACUGUUGUCAGCCAAUUGUAGUAAUCUAUGAAUCCCCUAUUAGUUUUGAUCAGUUGUGGUUAUCUAUGAGUAUCAAGUUGCUGUCUGCCAAUUGUGGUAAUCUAUGAGUAUAAAGUUGUUGUCAGCCAAAUGUGAUAAUCUAUGAGUAUCAAGUUGUUGUCAGCCUAUUGUGGUAAUCUAUGAGUAUCAAGUUGUUGUCAGCCUAUUGUGGUAAUCUAUGAGUAACAAGUUGUUGUCAGCCUAUUGUGGUAAUCUAUGAGUAUCAAGUUGUUGUCAGCCAAAUGUGAUAAUCUAUGAGUAUUAAGUUGUUGUCAGCCUAUUGUGGUAAUCUAUGAGUAUCAAGUUGCUGUCUGCCAAUUGUGGUAAUCUAUGAGUAUCAAGUUGUUGUCAGCCAAAUGUGAUAAUCUAUGAGUAUCAAGUUGCUGUCUGCCAAUUGUGGUAAUCUAUGAGUAUCAAGUUGUUGUCAGCCAAAUGUGAUAAUCUAUGAGUAUCAAGUUGUUGUCAGCCUAUUGUGGUAAUCUAUGAGUAUCAAGUUGUUGUCAGCCAAAUGUGAUAAUCUAUGAGUAUUAAGUUGUUGUCAGCCUAUUGUGGUAAUCUAUGAGUAUCAAGUUGCUGUCUGCCAAUUGUGGUAAUCUAUGAUGGUAAUCUAUGAGUAUCAAGUUGUUGUCAGCCAAAUGUGAUAAUCUAUGAGUAUUAAGUUGUUGUCAGCCUAUUGUGGUAAUCUAUGAGUAUCAAGUUGCUGUCUGCCAAUUGUGGUAAUCUAUGAGUAUCAAGUUGUUGUCAGCCAAAUGUGAUAAUCUAUGAGUAUCAAGUUGUUGUCAGCCAAAUGUGAUAAUCUAUGAGUAUUAAGUUGUUGUCAGCCUAUUGGUAAUCUAUGAGUAUCAAGUUGUUGUCAGCCAAAUGUGAUAAUCUAUGAGUAUUAAGUUGUUGUCAGCCUAUUGUGGUAAUCUAUGAGUAUCAAGUUGCUGUCUGCCAAUUGUGGUAAUCUAUGAGUAUCAAGUUGUUGUCAGCCAAAUGUGAUAAUCUAUGAGUAUCAAGUUGUUGUCAGCCAAAUGUGAUAAUCUAUGAGUAUUAAGUUGUUGUCAGCCUAUUGUGGUAAUCUAUGAGUAUCAAGUUGUUUUCAGCCAAUUGUGGUAAUCUAUGAGUAUCAAUUUACUGUCUGCCAAUUGUGGUAAUCUAUAAGUUUCAAGUUGUUGUCAGCCAAUUAAUGAGUUAAAAGAUUUAUAGACAACUAGAAGGAAAUAGUUAUUGCACAACAACAUAGAUUAGAUGAAAGGCAUUCAAAACUAGCAUAGUUUUCUGUAUUUUGCUAACUCUCAGACAUUUUCCUGACCAUUUUUAGGAUGGUAGAGUUGAACCUGAGGUUUUUACUGAACGUUUGCAGCAUGAACUUCAAUCAUCUCCUCAACCAUAUCUGGUCCCAUUUCUCAAGGUA